AUGGCUGAGGACAACCAGAACAUACUCUUUGAGAAAGGCUUGCAUUACGCGCUCGAUAAUGCGCCGAUAAUAGCGUUCCCAGCAAACGGUACAACAGCAAGCGUCGCGCAGCAAAUAUGUGACGAAGCGACCGAGAGCUACGCCAGAAAAAUCCUCAAUUGGCCAAACGGGCGACUUGGAAAACCGAAUAUCUUCGAAAUUUAUACCGGCGAUGAGAAACACGAGGGUCUGGAUGACUGUAUUGAAUUUUUCGUCAAUCUUCUUCGAAAGACACUGGACUCAGCACCGGAACCGUCAGCGCAGAAUCCAGCGGAGGAAUUGCCGAUGUAUCCUCACGCGUUCGUUAGUGUGGAUGGGCGCAAAGAUGGGUUUGUUACUGUGGUGGUUGCGUGUGAGAUUGAACACGGGUGGAAAAUUGAACAUUGUUUAGUACCUGUGGAUGUUGAGCUUGGAACAACACUUGAGAGUUUGAGAUUCGGCGAUAUCACGGAGGAAGAAGUUAUUGAUCAGUUUGGAGAUAAGAAGAGGGCUCAAGAUGGGGAAGACCAUAUUCAAUAA